AUGUCCCAACGAAUGCCUGGCCCUGGCUAUCCUUCCAGUAUACCACCAAUCCAUGCAUAUCAACAACAGCAGCAUCCACCACCAUCUCUGCCACCACCAAGUCAACAUCAUCAUUCUUCUCAUGCUCCUCCUCCGCCACCGCCGCCGUCUUCUCACUCGAUGCCAUCGCAUCAACACCACGCUCCUCCGCCACCCCACCAUCAUUCCCAGCUUCCGCCAUACCCUCCAGCUCAGUAUCAACAGCCUCAUCCGAGUCAAUACUCUCGCUCUCACCCGCCUCCUCCACCUUCACGCCACGACGAACCUCCUCCACCUUCUUCAGAACCGUCUCCCAAUGACCAGCACGACAAGUCCAAAUACGAACCACCAGCAUUCUCCAAGAUCGAAGAGGGCACAGGCUUGAAAUAUAGUCUUGAUGUGCAGCAGCAACCCAUACGCGCGCGAAUGUGCGGUUUUGGCGAUAAAGACCGUCGCCCAAUUACACCUCCUCCGUGUGUUCGUCUCGUCAUCAUAGACAGCGAGACGGGAAAGGAGGUCGAUUACAAUACCCUCGACCAUGGCAUGUUCGUGCUCUCAGUUGAUCUUUGGGACAAGGAUGGCAUCAAAGAAGUGAACCUUGUUCGGUCUUCCACCGGGCCAGGUGCUAUAGCGUCCUCAAAUACCUACUCUUACUCAACCCUUGAGCCUGGCACACCUUCUUACCAGCAGCAAGCACUUCCUCCAAGUCGCGAUGCUGGUUAUUCUCAGGGCCAAGGAAUUGGAUAUGGGCAAGAGUAUCCUCAGUCGGUGCAACAAAGCUAUGGACAAGCACCAUCAUACCCGUCAAGCAGUUCCUACGGCCCACCACAGCAAUUCUACCCGCGACACAGUGGUUAUAACGCCGAUCCCCCCGCUGCGCCACCGGGUGCCUCUUUCCGAAAUGGUUAUGGCCAAGAUCAAGCCGCGCUUACACGAAUGGCUGUGGUGGGAGGCCAGCCUCAAGGGAUGUUCACGCGGAAUCUUAUUGGAAGUUUGGCUGCAAGUGCAUUCCGUCUCAAUGACACUGAAAAGAAAGCAGGCAUCUGGUUUGUACUUCAGGAUCUGAGCGUUCGCACUGAGGGCACUUUCCGGUUGAGGUUCUCAUUUGUGAACGUCGGACGUCCCGGAGGGCCUGGAGGCUUGGGAGCUAAUGUCAACCAAGGUCGAGCACCAAUUUUGGCCUCAUGCUACAGCCAGGACUUCAGCGUGUAUUCUGCCAAGAAGUUCCCUGGUGUGUGCGAAAGUACGCCUUUAAGCAAGACUUUUGCACUGCAAGGCAUCAAGAUCCCCAUCCGCAAGGAUGCAAACAUCAAGGGUGAAGGCGAGGAUGAGAUAAUGUAUGAUCAGAAUUAA